GAAGGAUCUGGCUAUGCUGCUCGGCGCGUCUGGUCUGGCUAUUCCAGCAGAUCUGGGCAAUGCUGGUCUGUGUGCAGCUAUCAAGGAGGCACACAUGUGUGUGAUCAAGGGCGAGCUGGUCAUCGACGAAGCCGUCUUCCCCACCUCCAACGUUACGGUCAUCCCGCUCAACAAUGGCAUCUGUCUCCCAUCUGCCUGCUCGGCGAGCAUGCUGGAGGCGCUGCUGGCCCCAGGCUCGACGUCUACCCUCCCGCUCAUGCUCAUCGGCGGCGUGACGUGCUCUGAUGAGGGCGAGUACCGCUGGGCCAACGUGUGGAAGAGCUCGGGCGCGGUGGCAGUUGUUGCGCUCCUCGGCACCCUCCUCGCUAUCGUGGUCGUGGCUUCGGUCGUUGACGCUGUCCGCUCGGCCAUCCGCUCGCCACCGUCCCCCGGCGCUAGUCUUGGCUAUGACGUGCCGCGCCCGGCGGGUACCAUGGUCUUUACCGAGGACGGCCUGCUCUUCCCGGUCAACGCGACCGGCAAGGGCGACGAGCAUGCGUUGCUCCUCGGCCAGCUGCCGCGUUCCGGCAUGCCGUCGGUGUCAGGCGCAUCGGCUCUCGCCGCCGGCGCUCCUCUGCCAGGCAAAGACCCGCUCGCGCUGCGAAUCCUCCUCGCGUUCUCGGCCAUCCACAACCUCAAGCGACUUGUGGUCCAGCCACCGGCGCUCCUCAACUCGCUCAACGGCAUGCGGUUCUUCUCGAUGUGCUUUAUUAUCAUCGGACACACCGUGCUCAACAUUCUGUCCAACCCGGGUGUCGACGACCUGUCUGCGGUCUUUGGCCCAAAGAUCCUUGCCACCCUCGGCCUCACCGAUGCCGACCUGUCUCCGCGGACCGGCGCAGUGUAUCAGUUUCCGUUCCAGGUUGUGCUCGGCGCCGAGUUCUGCACGCUCUCAAACGGAAAGUCGAUCAACUGGGUGCUGUUUGUGGCGCAUCGGUUCGUUCGGCUCCUCCCCGCGCUCGGACUCCUCGUUCUUGUCUACACCGUCCUCGUGCCGUAUCUCGGCGACGGACCGGCGUGGCCAGCCGUCGUGUCCAACGUCCGGACAACGUGUGUCGAGCACCAUCGGUGGCUGGCCACACUCGGCUUUGUCAACAACUUCACGCCGGCCUCCUUUGGCAACAUCUGCGCUGGCUGGACGUGGUAUCUCUCCAACGACAUGCAGUUCUUCCUCGUUCUCGCCCCGCUUUCCAUCCUGGCCUUCCGCGCCUCGUUCAAGACCGGCCUCUUUGUUGUCUCGUUCCUCUCUGCGCUGGGCAUUGCCCUCGGGCUCGGCAUCGGCGCCGCCAACAACCUUUCAGCCAACCUGCUGAGCGGACCGGGUGAAGGAAACCAGACGAACGAGUUCUACGGCAAGCCAUACAUGCGAAUGCCUGCGUACUUGAUCGGCGUCGGCCUCGCCGGCGUCCUCGACUGGCUUGGCCGGACCCGUGGCUACGCGCCGCGGCUUCCGCCGCUCGUCCGCUGGCUCGUCUACGCUGCCGCCUUUACCGUCAUGGGCCUCACCUUCUUUGGCCAGUACUCGAACAUCAAGGGCGGCGAUCUGGCCGGCUCGUGGCCCAAGGCUACCCGUGUGGCGUACCUCGCCCUCUCGCGCCCUGCAUGGACGCUUGGCCUCGCCGCCGUGGUCUACAUCUACAUCUCGGGCGACGGCGGUCCCGUCGCCGCCUUUCUCUCCGCCCCGGUCUUUGCCGGCCUUGCUCGCCUCACGUACUCGGCCUAUCUCUGGCACUAUGUCAUCAUGACUGUCGUGUUUGGCAACGCCACCGCGCUCUCGCGCUAUCGGCCCGACUUUAUCGCCGUCUACACCUCCUUUUUCCUCAUCUCGGCCUACAUCAUGUCGCUCAUCUCCUACCUCCUCGUCGAGAAGCCCAUCAUGAACCUGGAGAAGCUGCUUCUCGGCUAG